CACGUACCUGAUCAGGCCAGCUCGCGUGUUGGCCCGCCCAUGCCCACCUCGGACGUAGAUCAAAUCCCGUCUAGGCGUUCACGUAUUAAUUCAUCACAGUGAGACGUCUGAUACUAAGGUGAAAUUACACGACCCAUAUAUAAUAAAAUUUGAAAUCUUGUAGAUGCCCGCAUUUCGCGCUGCUACAAAUUUGGCCUUCUCUCUCACAAGAACUCCAACUAAAUUGAUUCCUCGUACUUUAUCUGAUUUUCAACCGAGGUUUUGCAAAUAUCUAGGAUCAGAUAUAAGCUACAUUGAAUUCCAGCUCUUAGAUUCCUUGGUUUAUGGAAAUUUACAGCAUGCACGCCAACUGCUCGACGAAAUGCCUCAAAGAGAAAAGAAGCCUCCAGUUGUUAUAUGGACGUCUCUGCUCUCUAGAAUCUCUAGGAGAGGCCUUGUUGAUGAGGCACAGACUUUGUUUGACAUCAUGCCGGAGAGAAAUGUCGUUACGUAUAACGCUAUGCUUUCGGGAUAUGUACAGUCUGGUAGGCUCAAUGAGGCGUGUAAAUUUUUCGAGGCGAUGCCGGUGAAGAAUGUGGUAUCGUGGACUUCGAUGCUUUGUGGGCUGAUGAAUUCUGGGAUGGUUGGCGAAGGAAAGGCGCUUUUCGAGGCGAUGCCCGAGAGGAAUAUCGUUACUUGGAAUUCAAUGGUUGUUGGGUUGGUGAAGAAUAAGAGCUUGGGGGAAGCAAGAUUGAUAUUUGAGGCGAUGCCACUUCGGGACUCGGCUUCUUGGAAUUCAAUGAUUGACGGGUAUGCAGAGAAUGGUAUGAUGGAGAAAGCCAGGGAGUUGUUUGAUCAAAUGGUGGAUAAGAAUAUAAUUACAUGGACUACCUUGAUUUCUGGGUAUUGUAGAGCUCGGGAAGUGUGGACUGCCUAUGAUUUGUUUCGUAAAAUGCCCGAAAAAAAUAUUGUUUCUUGGACAGCCAUGGUUGGUGGAUUUUCUUGGAAUUCUUACUAUAAAGAGGCUGUAUUACUCGCUUUUGAGAUGAGGAGGGCUGGCGUUGAACUGUGCGAAGAAACCUAUAUAUCUCUAGCUCAUGCUUGUGCUGGGAUGGGUUUUUCUCGACUUGGUAUGCAGCUACAUGCUCUUGUAAUUACUAACAGUUUUGAUUACCAUGAUCAUGGUGGACGACUUUCUAAUAGUCUGAUUUAUAUGUAUUCUAGAUAUGGCUUAAUGGAGUAUGCUCAUUCUAUCUUUGAGAAGAACAGAAAGAAUUGGACAACUCAAUCUUGCAAUGCCUUGAUCAGUGGUUAUAUUCAGACCGGAAAGUUGGACAAGGCUGAGUAUAUCUUUGAGAUUAUGCCUAUCUAUGAUAAUAUUACAUUGACUUCCAUGAUCGGUGGCUACUUUAAUUUUGGACAAGUAGCUAAGGCAUAUGAACUGUUCAACAACAUGACAGAAAAGGAUAAUAUUGCAUGGACAGUGAUGAUAUCAGGGUACGUUCAAAACGAGUUGUUUCUAGAAGCCAUGUGUUUAUUCGCACAAAUGUGGAUGCUCGGUAUAAUGCCUCUACAAUCUACAUACUCUACUCUUCUUGGAGCAGCUGGUGCAGCAGCUCAUCUUGAUCAAGGCAGGCAAUUGCAUUGCAUUCUGAUAAAAACACAAAUGAAUAUGGACUUGAUUCUUGAGAACUCGCUAAUCUCAAUGUAUGGAAAAUGUGGUCAAGUAGGUGAUGCAUACAAAAUUUUCUCAUAUAUGAAUUGCCAAGAUCUGGUUUCCUGGAAUUCCAUGAUUAUGGGGUUCUCGUUUCAUGGGCUAGCAUAUGAAGCUUUAUCACUGUUUGACAGCAUACCAAAAGAAAGAGUAAAACUAAAUUCUGUUACUUUUCUAGCUGUCUUAUCUGCGUGCAGCCACGCAGGGCUGGUGAAAGAGGGAUGGCUGAUAUACAAAACUAUGAAGGAGAUUUAUGGAAUUCUGCCAGAUUUACAACACUAUAUAUGUAUGAUCAACCUCCUCGGACGUGCAGGGAAAGUUGAGGAAGCUGAACAGUUUGUGUUGAGUUUACCUUCUGAGCAAGGCAUUGCUGUGUGGGGUGCGUUGCUAGGUGUUUGUGGAGUCAGUGAGGGAAAUACUGAUAUUGCAGGCCGUGUCUUUCAGAGACUUGUUGAGCUAGAUCCUACAAAUGCACCAGCUCACAUUGUUCACUGCAAUAUGCUUGCGGCAGCUGGUCAUUAUGGAGAAGAGAAAAUGUUGAGGAAGGAGAUGAGAUCAAAGGGGAUGAGAAAGGUUCCUGGAUGUAGUUGGAUAUCAAGUAGGGAAAGAAGUUAUGUGUUUCUUUCAGGAGAUCGGACACAAUCUCAAGGAUGAAUUGUCUUCUUGAUUUCGUUAUAGAUGAAAGCGAAGCUGCUAUAAUAUUUGCUGACACUGAUCGAUUAUUCUAGCUGAUCUUUCACUGAUGGCUUCAACCUACAGCCUUCAGCCUUCAGCCUUCAGCCUUCAGCAAUCAUCAAUUCAUUUGGGUUGUAUAGUUUUGGUUCAUAAAGAACAUCGUGUUCAACUGUUGGUAAAUGAAAUUUCAAGUGUUAA